UCUUCCCUCCCUCCGCCUGCCUCGUCCCCUACAGGGCACCAUGGGGUGAGUGGCGUCAUUACGCUCUGGCGUGGUCACGCACCGCAGUGCGUGGCUCGCGGCUCUCCUCCCGCAGUACCCACUUCUCCGAUUGUUCCCUUGGCUUGGGAUCCCGACUGCAGCAGCAGUGUCGGGACUUCGGCUGCCCCUUGCCCAGCCCACCUCCCCUCCUCUUGGUCCGCGAUGGGGCGGACGUCCAAGGACAAGCGCGAUGUCUAUUACCGGCUGGCCAAGGAGGAGGGCUGGCGGGCCCGCAGCGCCUUUAAGCUGCUCCAGCUGGACGAGGAAUUCCAGCUCUUCCGCGGCGUGAGGCGGGCGGUGGAUCUCUGUGCCGCUCCUGGGAGCUGGAGCCAGGUGCUGAGCCGCAAGCUUGGGGAGUCCGGGCCGCCGCCCUGCAUUGUGGCCGUGGACCUGCAGGCCAUGGCGCCCUUGCCCGGGGUGGUGCAGAUCCAGGGGGACAUCACCAAGGCGUCCACGGCGCAGGAGAUCAUCGGGCACUUCGAGGGCCAGCCGGCUGACCUGGUGGUGUGUGACGGCGCCCCCGACGUCACCGGGCUGCACGACAUCGACGAGUACAUCCAGGCGCAGCUCCUCCUGGCCGCCCUCAACAUCGCCAUCCACGUCCUGAAGCCCGGCGGCAACUUCGUGGCCAAGAUCUUCCGCGGCCGGGACGUCACUCUGCUCUAUUCGCAGCUGCGGCUCUUCUUCCCCGAGGUGGUGUGUGCCAAACCCAGGAGCAGCCGCAACUCGAGCAUCGAGGCCUUCGCGGUGUGCCGGGGCUUCACGCUCCCGGAGGGCUAUGUGCCCAGCAUGCUGAACCCCCUGCUGGACCACAGCUACCGCGGGGACUUCAACCAGCUCGAGGGCCCCACGCGGCUCAUCGUGCCGUUCCUGGCCUGCGGGGACCUCAGCGCCUAUGACGCCGACCGCACCUACCCCCUGCAGCUGGAGGGGAGCCCCGAGUACCGGUACACGCCGCCGGCCCAGCCACCCAUCCGGCCGCCCUACCAAGAGGCCUGCAAACUGAAGAAGUCCGGGGGUCUGGGCCGUGGCACGCUGCAGCCCGGGGCACUGCCCGAUGCCCAGGAGCUGCUGGGAGCUGUCCAGCCCGCGGAGGCAGGCGAGCAGGCUGUGGUCCAAGCCCUGGGCUCCCUCUCCCUGGACCCCUAAGGAGAAGUCCCCCUCCUCCCUCCCCCUAAAAGGGUCUCUGGAAACAUCCCUACCAACUUGGGGGGCGGUAAUCCUCGAGGUGCAAGCUCUUCCUUUGAUUAUUCCUCUUAAACAUAACAGAGCUUUAGUUGGUAUUGGUACAGGUGGGAUGGGGGGGAGGAAAAUAUUUAUACAUAUACAUAUGUAUGUGUGUGUGUAUACAUAUAUAUAUUCAUACACACACACACAUAUAUAUAUUUGAGAUACCUUUUGACUUACAUUUAUAAAAUAAACUUUCCUAUU